AUUGUGUUGGCACAUGACCCUUAUUUCGCCCAAUCUGCAGACAGCACUUUACUCAAUGGUUAGCAGCGCAAACGUUUAGGAGGGAGAAAUGAGAAUAUACACCAGAGAAUGUACAUCGCAGGCUCAUUAUAAAAUUGUUUCUCUGAGAUUCGUCGUUACUCAUACCGAGUCUUAGUUUUUACGUUUUUCUCAGCCUAAUUAUGCGCGAGUGUAUCUCUAUUCAUAUUGGUCAAGCCGGUGUCCAGAUUGGUAAUGCUUGCUGGGAACUCUACUGCCUGGAGCACGGUAUCCAGCCUGAUGGACAGAUGCCUUCUGACAAGACCAUAGGAGGUGGUGAUGAUUCUUUUAACACCUUCUUCAGCGAGACUGGAGCCGGGAAACACGUUCCUAGGGCUGUGUUCCUUGACUUGGAGCCAACUGUUGUUGACGAAGUGAGGACUGGAACCUACAGACAACUCUUCCAUCCAGAGCAGCUCAUCACUGGAAAGGAAGAUGCUGCUAACAACUACGCUCGAGGUCACUACACUGUCGGGAAAGAUAUUGUCGAUCUCGUUCUAGACAGACUUAGGAAACUCGCUGACCAGUGCACUGGACUUCAAGGAUUCCUUGUCUUCCAUUCCUUCGGUGGAGGUACUGGAUCUGGGUUCACCUCUCUUCUCCUGGAAAGACUGAGUGUAGACUACGGAAAGAAGAGCAAACUUGAGUUUGCCAUCUACCCUGCUCCUCAGAUCUCAACUGCUGUGGUAGAGCCCUACAACUCCAUUCUGACGACCCACACCACCCUCGAGCACUCUGAUUGUGCCUUUAUGGUCGACAACGAGGCCGUCUACGACAUCUGCCGACGAAACCUGGACAUUGAGAGACCUUCCUACACCAAUUUGAACAGACUGAUGGCACAAAUUGUCUCCUCCAUCACAGCUUCUCUCCGAUUUGAUGGUGCUCUGAACGUUGAUCUGACUGAGUUCCAGACCAACUUGGUGCCCUACCCCAGGAUUCACUUCCCUCUGGCUACUUAUGCUCCAGUUAUCUCCGCUGAGAAGGCUUACCACGAGCAGCUCUCUGUUGCUGAGAUCACCAACGCUUGCUUUGAGCCUGCCAACCAGAUGGUGAAGUGUGAUCCCCGACACGGCAAGUACAUGGCUUGUUGUCUCCUCUACAGGGGAGAUGUUGUCCCCAAAGACGUCAACGCUGCCAUCGGCACCAUCAAGACGAAAAAGUCCAUCCAAUUUGUGGACUGGUGUCCCACUGGAUUCAAGGUUGGCAUCAACUACCAGCCACCAACUGCUGUUCCCGGAGGUGAUCUUGCCAAGGUUCAGAGAGCUGUGUGCAUGUUGUCCAACACCACUGCCAUUGCUGAGGCAUGGGCCCGUCUGGAUCACAAGUUCGAUCUCAUGUAUGCCAAGAGAGCCUUUGUCCACUGGUACGUAGGAGAGGGAAUGGAAGAGGGAGAGUUCUCUGAAGCUAGAGAGGAUCUGGCUGCUCUGGAGAAGGACUACGAGGAGGUCGGUACCGACUCUGUUGAGAACGAGGGAGAGGAAGAUGAUGAUGAGGAAUACUAGACCCUUCUAGAACUCCCGCUGGACGAUGAGGAAUUUAGAAUUUUCUAGAACUUUUACAUUUGACUGCUAAUUUUCUGAAUGAAAUAAUAUAUCAUUAUCUUUUGGUCUUUUUUAGUUACAGAUAGAGAUAUUUGAGUGCGGCCGUUAUGCCAAAGCUCGUGCUGUAAUAAUUUUCCAAAACUUUUAAGCUUGAAAUAAAUGUUCAA